GAAGGUCCAGAGAUUUAGAAGAACGUGAAAUUCAUCUAGAUAAUGUCCAAAUACACCUGAGAAAAGGGUGUACUCUUCUGCCUUCAAGUGUCCGUAGGGUGUAGAAUAAUGAGAUUAUCGAUCCAACAAUUAGCCCUUUUGAGCCGCAUUCUAGUCAUCUUCAUUCAGUGUCUUGCAAAUCUCCUUCCGGAUCACGAUGCCGGUGUCUUCCUCUCACCUAUGGCUCCAGGGAAGCCUAGGAAGCUCGAUUGGCUGGUUGAGGGAUUGCUGGGUGGCUUAAGGCGAUGGGAUGGUCAGUAUUUUCUGCACAUUGCAGAAUAUGGUUAUACUUAUGAGAAUGUCCUGGCUUUCUUUCCCCUCUUUCCGCUCUGUGUUCGCACAAUUGGUCAGUUUUUGCAGUAUCUCUUGCCAUUUCUGUCCCUCAGGAGUAUCUUGCUGCUCGUGGCAGUGAGUCUCAAUGUGUACUUUUUCGUAAAAGCCACACAGAGUUUGUAUGAAUUGAGUUUCCGGGUAUUGGGUCAGAGAAGUCGCGCUAAAAUUGUGGCUGUCUUGUUCUGCUUCAAUCCCUCCUCGAUAUUCUUCACUGCUCCCUAUUCUGAGAGCUUAUUCGCCUGGCUUACAUUCACUUUUAUGCGUCAAUGUGUCCAGGACAUCUCGGUAUCGAUAACCUUCCCUCUGAGCCUCAGUAUUCUCUGUCGCUCCAAUGGUCUCCUCAACAUUGGUUUCCUCUUCUAUUUCGCCCUGAGGAAAAUAAUCCGGGAAUUGAGUGUAAAGACGUUCCUGGGAGUUGUGCUCAAAUCGGCUGUGAUAUCAUUCUUCGUGGUCUUUCACUUUGGUCUCCUCCAGGCCUAUCACUUCUACCUCUUCUGCCAUCAGCUCAACAUUAAAUUCCCACAGCACGUUGUUGAUUAUGCCCAGGAGAUGAAUUUCACAAUGGCAGGGAAUAAGACAGAAUUCUCUUCGCCCUGGUGCUCUCAGAAAAUCCCAAUGGCCUACAGCUAUGUCCAGAGUCACUACUGGGACGUGGGAUUUAUGAGAUACUAUGAAUUCAAACAACUGCCCAAUUUUCUCCUGGCCAUGCCAAUUGUCAUUGUCAUUCUCAGUAAAUUCCUUCACUACGUCCGAUGCUUUCCAAGGUAUUCCCUCCGGCUGGGAAUCUUCGUCUCAGAUUCUCUGCUCAGGACAAUGAGAAAGGCCGAUAGGGACACCUUUGUCUUUGUCAUCCAUGCCACAGUUCUCACGGUCUUCUGCAUCUUCUUCAUCCAUGUCCAAGUGACCACGAGGAUGCUGGCUUCGGCCAGUCCUGUGCUCUACUGGACAGUUGCAGAAACUUUUCGCUACGUCAAGACGACGACGCCUGAAGAAGUUGCCCAGAAGAGCCUAAGGGCCAAAGUCACCAGCAAGGUCAUGAGCAUUGACGAGGAGACAGAUUCAAUAGACACAGACUUCCUGGAACACUGCUGGUGGGAGAAAUCUAAUCACAGCGGACGUGUCCUUGCAGUCUGGUUUCUCCUCUAUUUCAUCGUGGGCAUUGUGCUCUUCAGCAACUUCCUGCCGUGGACUUAAAUAAAGAAUUCUUUGUAAUUGCGAUUGUCAAUAAAAUUCUUCCAAUAUCAA